CACAGAGGCAGCAUCGGCGGCUCGGACACGACCCCAAACCGACCCUUUACCUCCGGGGCUGCGCCAGCCCCGCGCAGGGAAGGGUUAAAGGCUGGCGGUGCCUCGGAGGAAGUCCCCGAACCUCCGCGCUGCUGCGCGGAUCUUCCGCUCCCCCCCCACACACACACCCCCACACCCACGGCUCCCCCCAUCACCCACGGCCGCGGAGCCGCUCGCUUCCAGCCGCGGCCCAACGCGCCCGCCAAGUCUCUCGGCGGUUUAUUUUUGGCUCGGCAGGAGCGGAACGGGGCAGCCCCGAGCGAGCGGCCGCCCCGCAGCGCCCAGGGCUCGGCCCGGCCCGGCCGGAUCCGCGGUGCCGGGGCCCGGCUGCCCGCAGCCAGCCAAACCAUUCCAGACAACUUUGUCAUCUUAAAAAUAAUUAGGAAAAAAAGAAUAAAUAAAAAAAAAACCAAAAACAAGGCAGAUUUCAAGGCUUCACAGGGGUCUUUGGGUGUUGUCAGCGUGGGGUGACAUUUCUGGAGGCUGCUGCUGCUGGGGACCUUUGGACCUGCCUUGCCAGCACUGCCUUGCUACCGUACGCUUUUGCACCCAGCCCCUUUCUGCCAGCAAACGAGCCCAAAGUGCAGCCAGACAGGAGCCAGAGAUGACCAAGGAAGAGGAUCUACCGGACUGGAACUCAUCCAAGGAGUUUUAUGAAAAAUAUGAGCCAAAGGAGAUUUUGGGCAGGGGGGUGAGCAGCGUCGUCCGUCGGUGCAUUCACAAAACCACCCAGCAGGAAUAUGCUGUGAAGAUUAUCGACAUCACGGCAGGUAACAUAUCCCCCAAGGAGGUACAGGAACUGCGAGAAGCCACCACUAAAGAGAUCGACAUUCUCCGGAAAGUCUCAGGCCACCCCAACGUCAUCCAGCUGAAGGACAGCUAUGAAUCCAGCACCUUCUUCUUCUUGGUGUUUGACCUGAUGAAGAGAGGGGAGCUCUUUGACUACCUCACUGAGAAAGUCACCUUGAGCGAGAAGGAAACCAGGAAGAUCAUGCGCGCGCUGCUGGAAGUGAUCCAGUACCUCCACUCCAUCAACAUCGUCCACCGGGACCUGAAGCCAGAGAACAUCCUCCUGGAUGAUGACAUGAACAUUAAGCUGACGGACUUUGGCUUUUCCUGCCAGCUGCAUGAGAACGAGAAGCUCAAAGAGAUCUGUGGCACACCUGGCUACCUGGCCCCUGAGAUCCUGCAGUGCUCCAUGGACGACGAGCACCAAGGCUACGGGAAAGAGGUUGACAUGUGGAGCACCGGGGUGAUCAUGUACACCUUGCUGGCCGGCUCGCCUCCCUUCUGGCAUCGCAAGCAGAUGCUGAUGCUACGGAUGAUCAUGAAUGGGGACUACCAGUUCGGCUCCCCAGAGUGGGACGACCGCUCGGACACUGUUAAGGACCUGAUCUCCCGGUUCCUGGUGGUGGACCCACGGCAGCGGUACACAGCCGGCGAGGCACUGGCCCACCCCUUCUUCCAGCAGUACGACGUGGAGGAGGUUCGGCACUUCAGCCCUUUCCGGAAAUUCAAGGUGAUCUGCCUGACCGUCCUGGCAUCGGUCCGUAUUUACUACCAGUACCGGCUGGUCAAGUCGGUCACCAGGGAGCUGGUGGUGCGGGACCCGUACGCCCUGAAGCCCAUCCGCAAGCUGAUCGACGCCUGUGCCUUCAGGACCUACCGGCACUGGGUGAAGAAGGGGGAGGCGCAGAACAGAGCCGCCCUCUUCGAGAACACCUGCAAGGCCAUUUUGCUGACCCUGGCAGCCGAGGAAGGGCUGUUUUGAUCGCCGCUGCGUAAGCUGAUGAGUUUGCUCAAGAAGUAAGGCAAGUAAAAUCUUUGAAAACCAA